GAGUCUCACAGGCUGUACAACACAUAAAUUCAACUAUUGCACCUGCACUUGUUGGCCAAGAUGUAUCUGUGGUUGAACAAGAGAGAAUUGACCAGAUGAUGAUUGACCUGGACGGCACAGACAACAAAUCCAAAUUUGGAGCAAAUGCUAUCCUGGGCGUGUCCCUGGCUGUUUGCAAAGCUGGUGCAGCAGAGAAAGGGGUCCCCCUGUAUCGUCAUAUUGCUGACCUUGCAGGAAACCCUGAGGUCAUCUUGCCUGUGCCGGCCUUCAAUGUGAUCAACGGUGGCUCUCAUGCAGGCAACAAGCUUGCCAUGCAGGAGUUCAUGAUCCUACCCGUUGGUGCAAGCACCUUCAAAGAGGCUAUGCGCAUCGGAGCCGAGGUCUACCACAAUCUCAAAAACGUCAUUAAGAAGAAAUACGGUCAGGAUGCUACCAAUGUGGGCGAUGAAGGUGGCUUUGCCCCAAACAUCCUGGAGAACAUGGAAGCUCUGGAGUUAAUAAAGGAGGCCAUUGCCAAAGCAGGAUACACAGAUGAGGUUGUGAUUGGCAUGGAUGUGGCAGCGUCUGAAUUCUACCGGGAGGGAAAAUACGACCUGGACUUCAAGUCUCCUGACGACCCGAGCCGUUACAUCACUUCUGACGAGCUGGCUGAUCUCUACAAGAGCUUUGUGAAGGAUUAUCCAGUGGUUUCCAUCGAGGAUCCCUUUGACCAAGACGACUGGGCGGCCUGGACAGACUUCACCGGAAGCACAGACAUCCAGGUUGUUGGAGACGAUCUCACGGUGACCAACCCUAAUCGCAUCAGCAAGGCUGUGGAGGAGAAGGCCUGCAACUGUCUGCUGCUUAAAGUCAAUCAGAUCGGCACAGUUACAGAGUCCAUGCGAGCGUGUAAGAUGGCGCAGGAGAAUGGCUGGGGUGUGAUGGUUAGCCAUCGCUCUGGUGAAACUGAGGACACCUUUAUAGCAGAUUUGGUGGUCGGCUUAUGCACUGGACAGAUCAAGACUGGGGCACCCUGUCGCUCUGAGCGUUUGGCCAAAUACAACCAGAUACUAAGAAUUGAAGAGGAGCUGGGAGACGGGGCUCGUUUUGCUGGAAGAAACUUCAGAAAUCCACUGGUUGAGUAAAUGGUUGAAGCAUUUACUUGACAUGCAAAUGGCUUCACUCACACAAAUCCAUGAUAGCACAUCGGGUAAUAGUGGCAAAUGCAUUAUAAGCAACAACGGUUAAUCUAGAACUACUCAUAUACUAACUGUGGUAAUAAAUUAAUGAAUUGAGAGAACUACUGUAGUUACUGGAUUUGUGACUCUUGACUAUCCAAGUCUUUGGCUGCAUUCUGUUUUAUGUGGAGUAAAAUAAUAUAUAACUCAAGUAAUAUUAAUUUUGAUUAACUGUAAUCACGAGCUGCACUUGGAGACGCACUUAAUAAAAAAUAGUUUUGUUAGUGACAA